GUGGACCACGGUGUUUUCAGUGCAACGAGUUUGGGCAUCGUGCGAAUCAGUGUGGGCAAAGGAAUAAACAACAACCGGGUACAAGUGCAAACCUGAUAAACCAUGUCCAAGCUGAGCUACCGACGAAAAUGGUCCAGUUGGGGGGAAAAAAUAUAAAAGCGGUUAUUGACACAGGCAGCGAAGUGUCGAUUGUCCGUCAAGACACAUUGCAAGAUUUAGGGUGUGUACAGCAAAGGAUGGAACAAUCCAUACAACAAUUGCGUGGUUUUGUUGGAAUCAUACAAAAGCCGAUAGGCGAAUUGGUAACAAACAUUGGCAUCGAUGACUUUGAAUACGAAAUCGGUUUGCUGGUGGUCUCUCCAAAUUCGAUGAAGGUUCCAAUGCUGGUAGGCAUGAAUUUUCUUCGAAGUGUUUGUUACGCUAUAACCAACGAUGGAGUGCAGAUUUUUAAGAAAAAAAUUGACAAUGAGGAAUCGGGUAGCGAUCACGAAAGUGCUGUGUACAAGAUUGAUUGUGAACAAAUCCAAGAACUGGAAGUGCCGGAGAAGUUUUGAGACAAGGUACAAGCGCUGAAAAGUCAAUACGAAGCUUCCGUGGUGGAUAAUUACGAAGACAAUUGUCCCAUACAAAUGAAGAUAGUGUUGGAAGAAAACGCUUCACCUUUUCGGCAUACGCCCCGUCGCUUGCCUUUAACGGAGGAAGAAGCAGUCGAAAACCAUGUAGGGGAAUGGUUGAGGAAGCUGGAAUGCUGGUCGACAAUUUUUGGCUAUCCGGCUCGUAUCGUAACCGACAGGGGCUCAGCUUUCACAGCCAACGCAUUUGGUGAGUACGCUAAUCGCCAUGGUAUACAGCACGUCGUUUGUACAACAGGAGUGCCGAGGGGCAACGGUCAAGCGGAGAGAGUGAACCGCACCAUGUUAUCGGUUUUGACGAAGUUGUCAUCGGAAGAUCCUGGAAAGUGGUUCAAGGUGGUGCCUUCUGUGCAGCGAGCGAUUAACUCUCAUAUUCACGUAGCAGCUGGAAAGUCGCCAUUCGAGUUGAUGUUCGGGACAAAGAUGAGGACGUCGGAGGUGGAAGACUUGUCGCGGUUACUGGAGGAGGAAGCGUAUGAUCGUUUUGAUUGUGAACGGCAGGAAAUGCGAAAAGAAGCGAAGAAUGGCAUUUGUAAUGCGCAAAAUGUAUAUAAAAAACAUUAUGAUUUAUCACGAAAGCCGGAAUAUGCGUACGUGGUAGGAGAUUUGGUAGCCAUCAAAAGAACACAAUUUGUAGCCGGAAGAAAGCUUGCUAGCGAAUUUUUGGGACCGUAUGAAGUUAUUAAAAUUAAUCGUAACGGACGAUACAAGGUUAAAAGGGCAGCCAAUUGCGAGGGACCGAACAUAACAACAACAAGUUGCGACAACAUGAAGUUAUGGUCGUUUGCCAUCAGUAACGACAAAGUAUUUUCGGAAGAUGAAGCAGAAUCGGAAAAUGAAUAAAAUGAAUUAGAAGAAAAAUCUUCAGGGGCUGAAGAUAGGGUAGGACGGCCGAAUGUAAGAAAGGAAAAGUGCUAGUGGUAGGGAGAGAGAAAUAACGGUAGCGAGAUCAAGAGAACGAGAGCGAACUAGGAACGAGUUGCGAAAGAGAGAACGCGCAGCGUUAAAAUCGGGAGCGCGGGUUAAGCGCGAGGAGUUGAAUUCGGACCGCGAAGCGAAUAACAUCCCAAGUAGAAAUUGUCAGGCGAAAUGUGGGCAAAACAGGGGGGGAAGGGUAAAAAUCUGCUCGAUCCGUGUGGAAGAGCAUCAAAUGUAUGGUGGUGUGUGUAAACGUCAAGAGUUGCGGGUGCAUUUUCAAAUCAAAACAAACUGGUGUUGGAAACGGAUGAAAGUGAUUUCUUUUGCUUCGAACUUAAAGUUGCUUUUUUUAUUUGUUUUGCAUAAAACCAAGUGAAAAUGGAUACGUCCAAACGUUUGAAGAAAAGUGGAGUGGCGAGCAAGCGUGCCAAAGCAAUUUGGGAGCGCUUUGAAAAGGAAUGGGAAGAGGAAAAUCUUCCGGGAACAAGCAGCGGUGUCGAUCAACAAGCUUCAUCAUACGGGAAUGUGCAGCCGGAUGCCGUGGAAGUUGCCGAUAUACCCAUGGAAUCAGAAGCAGCGGAUUACGUUUCUGAUGACGAUGAAGACGCUGAUUGCUCGGUGUUGGAAGACGAUUGGAGUGAAGGCGAAUUGGAGGACGAAGUCAAUGAGGAUGAGUAUUUUGAUGCUGAUGAAGCCCCCGAAGGCAAUGCUUAUGCUAGCAGGCUUAGGAUAUGGGCUUUAACUCAUAAAAUAACGCAUUCUGCAUUGAGUGAUUUGCUGGUGUUGACUCGUGAAACUACAAAUAUUUCUCUUCCUAGGUGUGCAAAGACGUUACUGAAGACUCCGAAACAGGUGGAGAGACAUUUUACGGCCGUUGGAGAAGGGCAGCUUUGGUACCAAGGAAUACAAAGCACUCUCCAACAAUAUUAUCGAUCUGUACCACCAGUCAUCAGAUUGAUAGAAGCUAAUAUCGCGGUAGAUGGACUUCCGAUGCAUAGUAGUGGACCAACGCAGCUAUGGCCUAUAUUAAUGCACAUAGUUAAUAUACCAGCACUGCCAAUCAUGGUGCUGUGUGUAUUUUGUGGUGCGACAAAACCGAGCUGUUUGGAAGGGUUUCUCCGGCCUUUAGUGGAUGAUAUCAACCGCGUACUGGUGCAAGGCAUUGAUGUUAACGGAAUUAUCAUCGACUUUCGCCUGAAAGCUAUUGUCGCAGAUACACCAGCUCGUGCGUUCAUCAAAGGAGUAACGUAUCCUCCUGGGCUGGAAGCAUGUAUAAAGUGCAAAAUAGUUGGCAGCCAUGACGGAACCAAAACAAUAUAUGAAGGAACAGCUGAAGUUCGGACCGACAAAGAAUUUAGAAACGGAGACUACGUGAAACACCAAAAAUAUUACACGCCAUUAUUAGAUAUAGAUGAAGUAGACAUCGUAACACAAACAACGAUAGCCGAUGACCUUCACUUGUUCGCACUAGGAAUAGAAAAAAAAUUACUUAAAGGUUUUACAACUGGUGCUUUACACCCUUUUCCGAAGUGGUCAAAACAGGAGCAGUUAGAAAUUUCAAAAAUUUUAGUCAGGAUCGAAUACCCGUCAGAGAUACAUCGUAAGCCUAGGGCAUUAAAAUAUUUAGGAUUUUGGAAGGGGUCCGAAUUGUCAGCAUUUUUAUAUCACGUAAGCAUACCUUUGUUAAAAAACAGAAUAUCAGAUCUAGCCUAUGAGCACCAUAAACUUUUUUUCAUUGCGGUAAAUUUAUUCUCAUCAAGAUUAUUUGAACAAUAUUGGAUAUUUGCUGGUCAGUUGCUCGAACAAUUUGUAUUAGAAUAUAGCACAGUUUAUAGUCGAACACAUUUAACAAUUAACGUUCAUAAUUUACUACAUGUAGCAGCAGAUGUUGAAAAUUUCGGGCCUCUUCCAUUUUUAUCAACUUAUCGUAUUGAGGACAAGUUAGGCUUUAUGAAAAACUUAGCUAGAACAGGACAUAGAACUUUAAACCAGGUAGUGUGUAGAUUAAUAGAACUAACACAAUUAGAGGCAGCAGAUGCAAGGAAAAAGGAUGGUACAGUGUAUCCAUCACUAAAGGUAAAAAAAGAUGAGGUAAUUUUGUUGGUCAAACCAAAAUUUAUGUUAAGAAAGGGCAAUAGAAAUGGAUGGUUUUUAACACAGGAGGAUCAGAUAGUAAGGUAUUGUACUGCAGAAAAGUCAUCAGGAUCAUAUUUUAUAGAAGGACGAUUCUUAAAAGAGAAACAACUAACUUUUAGCCAACCAUGUAGCUCGGCGAUAAUUUAUAACUUUACAGCUAGGGUAGAAGAUUUAUCACAGGAAAUAGUCAGGGUAGAAUUAAAAGAAAUUAAAUGCAAGCUAGUGGCAGUUAGUUUAGAUCAGGGUAAUACAUUUUAUUUCAGUCCUCUUUUACAUACACUUGAAAGUUAGAUCAUAAUUAAAAUAUGUAAGCUGUUAGGUUUAGAAUAGGUAGUUAAGGUUUAAGUUUAGGUAAAUAUUUUUAUUAGUUUAUUUUUUUAUUAGUUUUGUAUUAAAAUGAGUAGAAUAAAGUUGCCGAGUAUGCCCGGGAUAAGGCAAAAUGCAAGGAAGAACUAGAACAGAUUGUUGGUAUUUCAUAUAUAAUUUUUACCCAUUAAA